AUUUACCCUGCCAGUCAACCCGAACGCUACUACCAGCUAACGCGCAAGCGCAGAUUACAAAGGAAAAUGAAACUAAAUUGAAGAAUCGCUGUAGCCUAGAAGACGACUUGGUCAAGUUAAAAAAGAAACGACGUAGAGUCGGAGAUUUGUUUCACUUCUACUUAAUCGUUCGUGUCACGUACGGCAGGCUAUCUGUGAUCUCCGGGACUUUCCGACAGACACAAAAGACGAGGGCAGCGAGGCAAAGACGUCACAGACCCGCGGGCACCUGGUUUGGUGUGCUGGUUGAAGGAAGAGACAAACAUGGCCACCUGCAUUAAGUUCACCUUUACACUAAUGACAAUUGUCACACUGGCAAGAGGAAGCUCAGGUUUUGCUGUUUUGGAUUGCGCCUCUGAAGUGGAUGGCACUUUUAGCAAGGACACUGUACUGAACUGCACAAUUCGUUUUAACGGUAAUAUUGAAGUGAGCAAGGUAAUAUGGAAGAAAAAAGACUCCACAGACUCUAGAGACGUUCUACUUUUACAGUAUGAUAUCGAAAAUGCACCAAAUUCAGGAGAAUCUCGAGUACAAUUUGCCACCUCUUUCUGGAAAGAGAGAGGGGAUCUGUCCCUGCGCCUGAGCAACACCCGCAUCUUCGAUGAGGGCACUUAUACCUGCAUAGUGGCAUGCAAUGCAGGCAUCGAGAAGAAGGAAAUACGCCUGCGAGUCACAGCUCCGUAUACAGACGUUAAAGUGGUGUCUCUGCCAGAGAAGGACAUUACGGACGACACACGUGUUCGCCUGACUUGCAGAGCUUCACUGGGCUACCCAGAGACAACGAUCGAGUGGAAGGAUAGGUUUGGUGGCAGCUGGACAAAAAGCGCCGAGACAAACAGCGAGAAAACACAAGAUGGCCGCUUCAGCAUCGUUAGCAUUCUUGAACUUAGAGCAUCCUAUGAGUCUCCCGCCUAUUUCUGCAUUGUAAAGGACCCCAGUGGAAAAGACUUGACCGAAGAAUACACACUUCCAUUUGAGCCAUUGAAAUCCACCGAGCAUAAAAACAAAAAUGUAAUGACAGCGAUUUUCAUAGUUAUCGCUGCUCUGGUGAUUGGUAUCAUUGCGUUAUUCCUUAUGAGGAUGAGGAGGAGGUGGAGCAGACCCUUUGUGAAAGUCUAUAACCCAGAAGAACAGAAGUUUCCAACAAUGACGGAGCAGGAAAAGAGCUAAAUGUUCUUGUGUCCUCCUAAAAACUAUCCUGAAUCCAAUGCUAUUCUCUUCAGUGGCCUGUCCAUAAAUGGACAAGGGGUGUAGCCCUGGUGUGCUGUUCUCUAAUAAUCUAUGGACUACAUCUGGACAGUGCUUUGCACUAACCCGUUUCGAAAAAGAGCCUGUGAGAGUGACUUCUGUCCCAAGUUAUUUUAGAGCUUCUUACCUGCCAAAUCUAAUCCCAAACUACUCCAUGUGAAGUAUGCCACACAACAUGUCCUUAUUCUGCAAGAGAAGUAACUUACACAGCAAGCCAAUAGUUUUUCUAGAGCACAAAGUCCUCCAAUUUUGAAGACCAAGUCCAUAGUCGCAAGGGCAAAUGCCCGCUCUCCCUGUCCCAGUUACAUCUCUUUGUGUUUGGCACUGCAGAGUGGGUUCUUUUUCCUAUUGAAAUGACAAACCUCAUUCUGCAUUGCAAAUAGCACAUUUCCUUGAACACAAACAGGAAGCAAAAAUGAGUUGUGAUUGGUUUAAAAAAAAGCUCUUCCAUCGUGACUGUAGAGCUAUUUUACAUACUUACGCAGAUAGGCAGAUUAGUUUACUUUUUGGGUAAUGUAAGAGCGCAUCUCUUAUCCAAAAUGAGGAAACAUGUUUGGCAGUGCAGACCCAAGUGAAGAGUCUGAAAGCUGUUAAGUGUUUGUUCUGAUGAGCUGAGGAUGUGGAUGACAUUCACGAUCAGGUCAGCUUCAGUAGAUUUGGUCAAGAAUGGAGACAGGAAGGAAUAUGAAUGGGGGAGGAAACCAAAAAGGAACCUGCUUUUCAAAUUACUAAAAGCCAUCAUUCAUUAAAUGCGAAGUUGGCAAAAAUGAGAUAGGACUGCUGAUGGUAGACUUUGAGUACUUCUCUUGGAGACAUAUAUGAAUAUCAGUGUACAUUGAACACCAUGUCUUACCCCGCUUACCACCUCCACUCACAAAAAUCUGACUGUUUGCAGGAAAGCUGUUUCCCUGUAGUUAUUAAUAUUCUUUGAAUGAUUUGUGUACUUAAUCGAAAAUUGUAGAUUUUAGUUUUCUUUUGUUUUAACUGGAAUUACAAUUAAUGUCUAGGGCACGUGUUAUAUUAGCGUUAUUGUAGGAAUGUCACAGAAAGGUAGCACAGCAGGGUUAAGUGACAGCCACGUGUCCCUCUCCAGUGGUAUGAGUGCUUCUGCCUCUUGUUAGCGGCAUAUGGAACUGAAAGAUCCUGUGUUCUUCUCAGGUGAUGCCUACUUCAUGGACAAUGGCUUGAUGUCACGUCAGUGCCUAGGCCUGUUUUUACUGUUUUGUGUGGGCAGUCUGAUCUGUGAAAUCUAAAGAGAUACUUUAGCACUUUUAUGAUUUCUUCUUAAAGUUUGAAACAGGUACAACACCAUUUCACGUGAAAUUGUACCCCUUUUUAAAGUUAUUUAGCCAUACUCUAUAUAUGCCUGACUCUAGGAGAGAUGGAGUCAAGCCAUGAAGCAAUAUAGAAACACAUUUGAGUUAUGCACUACUUUAGCUUGGAAGAUCAGGGUGCCAAAAAUUGAUUAUUCUUUAAAAUGUAUUUAUCAGCCUGUUAUCAACUGCUUACACAUCUGUGCCAAAAUGGGUGGCCCACAGCAAAGGAAUUUGGAGUGAUGGAGAAGCUCCAGCAGGACUGGCCUUGGUGCUUCUGAUUUGGACUGAUUGCACUUACUGAGGUGGGCCUUGCCAGUUCUAAUUAUUUUGUGUUUUUUUCUGUUUAUGCAAGGGAAAAGCACCAGAAGGGUAGGUAAAUGAUAGAAUCCGAUCUAAGGUCAAGCAGUCAAGACUAUCGGAGGGUUUUUGGGACAUGGGUGCUGUGUUUAUGAAGCAUAUUAAAAGAAAAAAAGAAUGAAAAGUCAGUCUGAAACACUGUAAUUUAUAGCACCUAACCAGUAACUUGGUCGGUUAUCAUAGGUAUGAACUACAUAAUAGGGGAACCGUGGUGAGCUUUUCGUGGUGGCGGAUUUGUUUAUAUAUAAGAAUGCUUCUUAAGGCCAUACCACGUUACAAGACGUUUCCAGUGAUUUUCAGCCACAACACUUCCUUUUCAUAAUCUUAGUGAGUCAAUUAGUGAUGGGUAAUUUGUAAACAACUCUGUUCAGCGAUUUAUGGAAAUCUAUUUGUGAGCACAAAUGAACUGGUUCAGUAGAGCUCAACGGGAGUGCUAAAGUGCAUAUGUGACGCUGUUAGCCGCUGUCAUUUAGAUCAGUGAUUCUUAAACUUUUGUUUCUCCCAUCCCAUUUUUGCAUUUUACGUGUCAUCACGACCUGCAAUUGCUGAGGGGCUUCAUCCCCCUUUCAGAAUCGCCACCGAUUGUCUGCUAGUCCUCCAGCUGUGAAUUGCUGCCGAUCGUCAUCCAGUUUCACGGUCUGGUUCCCAUUAGAGAAUCGCCAUUGGACAAUCAUCAGCACCGUCAUACGGGAUUGUUUUCCCCUUGCAAGCAGUAAACCAUCGCAAGGCUUUCUGCAAACCAUUUGAAACCCUUUCUUAUUCAGUAUUCUCUAAUUCACAGCUCGGCACAACCCAAGUUCAGUCAUCACACGACUCGACCCAUAGUUUAAGAAACGCUGCUUUACAUGUUUAAAGCAUAUGUGCAAGUACCGUCCAUCUGAUUCAUGAUUUUUGUUCACUUAUGAUUCUUUCUAGUUAGAACAUUAUUAGUGAAAGAGAACUCUAAUUGAUAAUUUGCUUGUUCAUAAUACAGUACCAACACAGUUACAUUAUUAUUUUGUUUGUUUUGUAAAAUUUGCUAUUGGAAUUGUUCCAAAAAGAAUAUAUAAACCUACAGUACUAAUGUGUUUAUGUUCCUUUGUACAAUCUAAGUUACACAAAACCAAACAUUAUAAAAAUAUUAUUCUAAUUUCUAACAAUUAUUUUGUCUUCAUUUUUUUUUUAUUUUAGUGUGCACUUUUUAUGACUUGUUGAAUGCAGAGAGCGGAUUUCAUUCAUAAAUUCUUGCAAGUUUGAAUUGAAUCAUUACCUGAGAACGUGUCACAC